AUGGCUGACACUUCGGGGGAACACAUAAGUGACGAAGCUCCAGACGAUUCUUUAACUUUGGGCCAAUUAAAAAAAAUAGUAAAACAAUUACCAAAUAAGCAAAAGCCAAAAGAAAUAUCUUUUUCAUACACUGAUCACGAUAGCAUCUCAAACGAAAUUGAGGAAUUUUAUAGCUAUGCUGAAAUUUCACAAUGCUUGGAGAACAAAAAUAUUUUCGACGAGGGAUUCGGUGAAACCUGGACUAUAUGUACUAUGUCUGAACGCCGUGUUUAUAUCGAGUAUUUAUUGGAAACUUUGGAAUUAAAAGAUCCUGAAAAAAGAUUUUUGUCUGCAAAAAAGUUAUUGUAUAUUGCUCAAGGAACAUUUGGUGAAACUACAACACAAGAACAGCACCUCGAAUGGAUCAUGGAGAACAACAAAUUGCUACGAAAGUGUGGGGCUCUUCUCUCAUAUUUUCAAGCUCUGAAGUUGGCGUGUCAUGCACAUGAUUAUUAUAGCCGUUCAGAUUUUAACGUGGAUAGACAAGCAUAUAUCGACGAUAUAAACACCGAAAUUGGCUUUUACUUGACAUUAUUAUAUAUGCUUGUCGAAACUCAUCAUGGGGAUGAUUCAUUUGGCGCUGAACUUGCUGAACUUAAUCCGCCAAUGGUUGUAUUCCUAUUUGAGAUAAUCGCGUCAUUACGGGAGAAAGAAAAAAAUGCCAAAGGCUAUCCUGUUAAAAAGAUGGAACUGUCUAAACAAAUACGAAAGUUUCUCCUUCUAUUAUGGAAAGUUAUUUUAGCAAGUUUAGGCGGAUUAAAUGAUAUGUCGAGACUGAAAAAUACUGUUAGAACACUUAAUGGACUACCACCUAUCUUUGAUAAAGGUUUACUAACCAAGUCCACACCGAUGGAUUAUUACACAUUCCAAAAUGAGGCAACACAAAAAUAUCCAACAUAUGUUCCACCUCCCUGCCCAUUUAUUCCAACUUCUCCCAUUGCUGCAAGUCUAUUUCCAAGUGCGAAUAACCAUACUAAUGGAAAUGAUUCUUCAGGGCAAAAUGCAUCAUCUGUUAAUGGCAAUGGAAAUGGUAGUCAACCUCCAAAAUCAAGAAAACAACAAUUUCAAACGAAUCAGCGGCAACCAUUUAUUUUUCCAUUUUCAAAGUCUACUCCUAGUGUACCAAAAUCUAUACAAGAGGCUGGUGAUUUAUAUCUUAAAUUUAUGCACAUAAGUUUAGGUACUUUUCAAUGCUGGAAUGAAAGAAUUGAAAUGAAAAAACUACCUACUAUGAAUAUAACCAAUAGUAUAUCAUUCAAUGAAAAUGAUGUGAGAAAUCAAUUUACCAAUAAUGAAGAUGAAUUCCAAAACAAAAUAGCGAAAAUGGACAAAGAGAAGAUCGAGCGGAUUGAAAUUCUUUAUAAAUCAAUUCUUCCUCAUUUGCAAAACAUUGUCAUCAUGCUUCUCAAAUUAUUACUUGCCACAGUGUCUAACAAUAAGAACUCUGAUAACGAUAAAGGCGGGACUUCUGUCAAUAAUGAUCAUAUUUUUGAAAAUACUAUCAAUUAUUCAACCUCGAAUGGUAACACAAUUGAAGAAAUAGACAUCAUGCGACAUCGCGAAAUUACGUCAAAAGCAGUGUCAGCUAUAAUUCUCCUAAUGCUCAAACAUUUAAAGUUGUCACAUAUAUUAAAAUUUGAAUAUUUGUCACAACUCUUGGUCGAUUCAAAUUGCUUACUUCUCAUAUUGAAAAUGUUUGGUUUGCAGGAUGUGAGUUUAAUGGUAAAAGCUAAGAAUGAAGUCGAAAAUAUGAAUUUUUUUCAAUACUGCAUGAGCAUCAACAAUGACACAAAUGAAAUGAAACUAGCGGAUAAUAAUAUGAAUGUUGAUAACCAACAAGAACAUUCGCAAGCAUUUUACAACACAAAUCAAUCUGAUCAAUCCAAUGACUCACAAUCUAAUACAAGUAAUGAAAAUGACAUUGAUUCAGAUUAUUGUUGGAGAAAUUUUUUCGCAGCUAUAAACUUCCUAAAGAUAUUGCAGAAAUUGACCAAAAGAAAGACACACCGAAUUUUAUUAUUGGUACAAUACAAAUCAUCAGCAAUUUUGAAAAGAAUUCUAAAAGUAUCUCAUCCAUUAUUGGAGUUAUAUGCUUUAAAAGUAUUAAAGAACCAAAUUCCAUUUAUAGGAAGAAAAUGGCGACAAAGUAAUAUGAAAGUUAUUACUUCAAUAUAUUUGAGUUGUCGUCCAGAUCUUAGGGAUGAAUGGAUUUCGUCGACAGAUGUGGAUGCCGAGAUGGAUGACGCUUUGGCAAAACAAAACCUUAGAACAUUGAUUAAAUUUUAUAAUGAAAGAAAUUAUUUUCCUCAAUGCGAUCAACAGGAUGGCAUGUACUAUGAUAAUAGCAACAGAAACCUUCCUGACAUAUUCCCUCCAUGCCAUACAAAAUCACUCAAUCAUGUUAAUUACGCCUAUAUUCCUGAUGAUAUUAUGCUAGACGAUUCAUUCCCGGAAAAUUGGGAACAAUGGCUUCAAGAAGAAGUUUAUAGUUUCUCUAUAAUGAAACCUCACUUGAAAAAUAUAGACGAAUAUUAUGAUGAUGACUUUGCCACCCUUAUUCCAAAUGGAGAUGGGUCAGAAUGGGAUAUGCCGCCAACAUCUCCAGUCGAUGGUAAAGAUCCAUUCUCUUCAAUAGAAUGGAAAAACAUUUCUUCCUAUGAAAUUAAAGCCUUGGAACAAAGAAUAAACAAUAAUGGAUUUAAAUUUUUUGAUUUUGACGACAUGGGAACUAAUAAUAGCAAAAGUUUUGAUUAUGUGAUAAAUAACUUUUUACUAGAAAAAUAUUCUUUAGAAUUAUGA